AUGGCCGCUCAGUCUACCCUGCGACAGCCUCAUGACCCGCUCCUAGCACUCUACGACCGCUAUGCGACGCUCCUCAAGUCCCGCGUCCGCGGCGCAUCCAAGCUCACGAAGCUGCUAUCCACCAUCACCCUCCUCUUCACCAUUAUAGGCACCGGAUAUGGAGGCACGAGAUGGUACAAGAGCCGGCGCGCAGAGAAGGAGACCGGCCGACGGUUGCUGAGGAGGAACUCCGGACUGAGGAACAAAGAUGGCUCCAGGACCAUCUACGUGCCCUACCGCGACUCGACGUCCAAGGUGGUCAUCCAUCCCACCAAGCAAACCACAUUCGAUGCGCAUCGCAGACUCUUCCUCCAGCCGCCACGCGCAGCCCGCAUGGCUGACACGACCUCGAGCGACCCGCAAGCGCCGCCGCCACAGACGAAGCCGGGUCUCAACUUGGCCUUCCUACACCAGUUCCUGAGCCUCCUGAAUAUCAUGAUACCGCGUUGGAAUAGCAAGGAGACGGGUCUGCUGGUCAGCCAUAGCGUCUUCCUCAUGCUGCGGACGUAUCUGUCACUCGUCGUAGCGCGUCUCGACGGAGAGAUCGUGCGCGACCUUGUGGCAGGCAACGGCAAGGCAUUCCUGUGGGGCAUACUCAAAUGGCUUGGUGUCGGCACCUUCUCUUCGUACACAAACGCUAUGAUCAAGUUCCUGCAAAGCAAGGUCUCCAUCGCAUUCCGAACACGACUCACGCGGUACAUCCACGACUUGUACUUGAACGACCAUCUGAACUACUACAAGCUACAGAAUUUAGACGGAGGUGUAGGCGUCGGGGCAGAUCAAUACAUCACACAAGAUCUGACGCUAUUCUGUGCGAGCGCUGCGUCCUUGUACUCAAGCUUAGGAAAGCCAUUUGUGGACCUAUGCGUGUUCAACUACCAGCUCUACCGUUCUUUGGGACCGUUAGCACUGACCGGACUGCUGAGCAACUACUUCCUUACCGCGACAGUGCUGCGAAAGCUCUCUCCGCCUUUUGGCAAACUAAAAGCUGUUGAAGGACGAAGAGAAGGCGAGUUCCGCGCUCUGCACUCUCGGCUCAUUGCAAAUGCGGAAGAAGUGGCUUUUUACGGCGGUGACGAGAUGGAAAAGCACUUCCUCGAGCGAGGAUUCAAAGACCUCAAACACUGGAUGGAAGGCAUCUACAGUCUCAAGAUCCGGUACAACAUGCUUGAAGACUUUGUGCUCAAAUAUUCAUGGUCGGCUUUCGGAUACCUGGUUACCUCGCUCCCAGUCUUCUUACCUGAAUGGGGUGGUGUAGGAGGCACACCUGAGCUACCUGGAGGAGAGAAAUCGCACCGCGAGCGCAGCCGUAUGAAGGACUUCAUCACGAACAAGCGACUCAUGUUGUCGCUUGCCGAUGCCGGCGGUCGCAUGAUGUACAGCAUCAAGGAUCUUUCUGAGCUGGCUGGCUACACAUCACGCGUCUACACCCUAAUCAGCACUCUCCAUCGCGUCCACGCAGAAGCAUACUACCCUCCGCCCGGCACGCGACCCGAACUCUAUUCCGUCUCCGACAUUCAAGGCACAGUCCACAAGGGCUUCGAUGGAAUCCGCCUCGAACACGUUCCAGUCGUCGCCCCAGCCCUGCACCCCAUGGGCGGCGAAGAACUCCUAGAAUCCCUAUCCUUCAUCGUUCACUCUGGCGAGCACCUUCUCAUUACCGGACCUAAUGGCUGCGGCAAGAGCGCCGUCUCGCGCAUCGUCGCCGGGCUUUGGCCCGCAUACCGCGGUCUUGUGAGCCGUCCUCGCAGCAUCGGCGUAGACGGCAUCAUGUUCCUUCCCCAACGACCCUACCUCUCCACCGGCACCCUCCGCGACCAAGUCAUCUAUCCUCACACCGAUGCCGAUAUGAAGGAUACAGGACGUCGCGACUUUGAACUUUCUCAGGUCCUUGAAGAAGCCAAACUGGGCUACUUGCCCGAUCGUGAAGGCGGCUGGGACACGAAGAAGGUGUGGAAAGACGUCUUCAGCGGUGGUGAGAAACAGAGAAUGGGUAUUGCGAGGCUGCUUUACCAUGAACCGCGAUAUGCGUUUGUCGAUGAAGGUACAAGUGCAGUCAGUAGCGAUGUGGAGGGCCUACUCUACGAACGCGCUAAGGCCAAGGGCAUAACAUUGAUCACGAUAUCCACGCGCGCAUCCCUAAAGCGCUACCACGAUUACACCCUAACCCUCGGUAUGGGCGACCACGGCGACGAAUGGGACUUCCAACGUAUAGGUACCCAGUCUGAGAAGUCGAGCGUCGAGAAGGAGUUAUCAGAGCUGAGAGAGAGGCUGGCAAAAGUGGAGGAGUGGAAGAAGAGACGAGAGGAAAUCGAGGCAGAGUUGAAUAGGGUGUGGGUUGAAGGCAAGGACGAAGAGGGCGAGACCGAAGAACUUGCACCCCCACCAUACUUGGCACGAGAUGAGAAUGCCGACACAGAGAAUACAGACGAGGAUGAUGUUGGCGAUAGAGACCAAGAGGAGGCGGUCGAGAGUGGAAGUGAAGGUAUCUCGCCGUCCAGCUAG